AUUCGUUGUUACAUCUUCAUUUACGUAUGUGACGUUUAUUACUCGCUCAUCGCGAGGACGGUGAAAAAUCGUCGAUGGUGACGUUAUUUACAGAAUGCAAAUAAUUAUUCUUCUUACCUCGCUUCUUGUCACAUUUUAAUAUCCCCUCCAAUAUCAUACGAUUCAGCAUCUCGGUGGAGUAAGAACAUCUUUAUCUUAUCUUAAACAUAAAAAGUAGAGCACAUACUCUUCUCUACUCCGAUAUACAUAAUUAAAUUUAAUAUCCUUACGACGAGGUUAUACAAAUCAUUUCUGGUUUCGUGCUUCAAGUGUCAACGAUGAUACGUAACGUGUUUACGGGUUUCUCGCGAAAGCUCGCGGGCGAGAGACUUUUGACAAGUGAGUACCACUUGAAGAAGUGCGAACGUGAGUUUUGUCAAACGAACGUCAAGCACGAUCGUUCCCCGUUGAACGGGAUACGGGUUCUAGAUCUGACACGGAUCGUCGCCGGGCCUUACUGCACGAUGAUUCUGGGAGAUCUCGGCGCGGAGAUCCUGAAGAUCGAGCGACCUGGUGCUGGAGAUGAGUCGCGCAAGUGGGGUCCGCCCUUCUUCGAAGGAACGCAGGAAUCGACCUACUUCAUGAGCGUGAAUAGAAACAAGAAGAGCGUUUGUAUCGAUCUGAAGAGAGGUAAAGACAUCAUCUAUGAGCUGACGCAAACUUGCGAUGUCCUGGUGGAAAAUUACGUACCAGGAAAACUGAGCAGCAUGGGCCUAGGAUAUGAAGACAUAGCCAAAGUAGCUCCACAUCUUAUAUAUUGUUCGAUGACUGGCUACGGAUUCAAGGGACCUUACGCAAAUAGACCUGGCUACGAUGUCAUUGCUGCUUCCCUAGGUGGACUUUUGCACAUUACUGGAUCUAAAGAUGGACCGCCAUGCAAGGUUGGUGUAGCAAUGACAGAUUUAGCAAUGGGAUUGUAUGCUCAUGGAGCAAUUAUGGCAGCUUUGCUGCAAAGAAGAGAAAUAAACCAAGGCCAGUGGAUACAAUGUGAUCUUUUGUCGACUCAAGUUGCCAGUUUGAUCAACAUCGCUUCAAAUUACUUGAAUGGAAAUAAGGAAGCAACAAGACGGGGAUCUGAACAUGAGAGCAUAGUUCCUUAUGAAGCUUUCCCGACGAAAGAUGGAUAUAUGACAGUUGGAGCAGGCAGUGAUUUGCAAUUUUUAGAGUUAAUUAAGAGAUUACAAUUACCAGAACUCAUUAAUAAUAAUAAAUUUAAGAAUAAUGCUGCUAGAGUUAAGAAUAGAACGGAAUUACUGCAAAUUCUUCGAGAUGCAUUUAAGAGGAAAAAAAAUCAAGAUUGGUCUGUGAUAUUUGAAGGUGCUUCAUUUCCUUAUGGAGUAGUGAACACUAUAAAAGAGGUGUUUGAUGAUCCCCAUGUAAAACAUACAAAAUUGAUUAAAGAAUUAGAGCAUCCAGUUACAGGGAAAGUGAAACUUGUUGGGCCACCUGUGACAUAUAGCUAUGCCACCAACAGAGUGAGAUCAUCACCACCAAUGUUAGGACAACAUACAUCAGAAAUUUUAAGAAAUAUAUUAAAAUAUUCGGAUGAUAAAAUAGAAAAGUUAAUAGCACAAAAAAUUGUGCAAUAAUUAAUGAACAUGUAUUUAAUCUUUUCUAUGCAAUUUUAUAUGUAACACUUAUGCAACAAAUUUUAAUUUAAUGAUGUUUGAAGAAACUCUACUUUGUAUGCAUAUAUAUAUUAUAAACAUUAUAUAUAAUAACCAUUACAUUCUCAGAUAAUACA